AUCAACAUGGAAACUUUCGAAACAUUCUGAAGAGAACAUUCUAAAUCAUCAAGGCUGUCUGCUCUAAAAUCAUUACUCUGUUUCUCUUGGGGGAGUCUUACUAUUUGGUUUUAUUUCAUAUUGUGUCGGGUGAAUCUUUGGGAGUCGACUAAGGCAAUUUCACCAACAUGGUCCCUCUGUCACAUUUACCUGCGGACCAGACAAUGUGCCCUUGCACGCUGACGGCCAGGAGCAGCGCGUCUGCCUCCAGCAAUCAGGAGCCCAGGCCUGUGGUGGCUGUGUUGCUUAUGAGGGGGGUCCGCGACGACGUGCUGCUGGACCUUGAGCGAAUCAUCACCGAGAGCGGUGAACACGGCGAUGAGAACACCACCCACCAGUUCACCACCAGUGUCUCAGACAACCAGCAGGAGGGCCUGAGAGACUCUCCGGCUGCCCAGUACCCGGACGCCGAGUCCAGGAUCGAGUUUCUGGGCUGGUCCAUGCCCUACCCGAAAGGUGUCCGGAUCCCAGACUCCCCCGACAGCGACAGGUACUGGGACUACAUCCAGUACGCCGAGGCAGUGGACCGUCUCAACAAGUGUCUGGACCCUGGCAAAACCUGCCGGACCUGUGUGGAGAGACUGCAGAGGAUCUACGGAAUCGAGGCCAGACUGGACUGGAGUCUGCAGCUGAGCUCCGAUGAGGAGUCGGUGACUGAUGACUCGAGGUUCUACAUCAGGCCACAUGCUGAUGGCCCAGUGCCCCUUUACUACAAGAGAGCUGGUAGGACCUGGCACGAAUCCUGCUCAUCCAAUGAAGACACCUCCGACCUGACAGAUGUGGAGCGUUGGUCAGAGGCGUGCCAACGGGGAGGGGAGAAGAGGGAGCGGCGUGUCUCACAGAGUCCCCCGGGAGCCUCGGCCUCGGUUUCCCCACUCUCCCCUAAGAGGAGGAUGCUGACCCACUGGAGACCAGCAGAUGACGACUCCGACUAACACCAAACCUCUGCCACAGCAACCAGAACGACUUGAAGUCAGCGAGAUGAAAAUUGGAGCCAGUCACAGCAGCAGAGGGUAAAGCGAGGCCCAGGACCAGGAUGACGGAGUUGAACAGAUCAGCCCGGCGGCGGCCAAUCCGGCCACCGCCGCAUGGCUGCCCUUUCCUCACAGGCCAGAGCACACGGUCCGAGCCGCGCCAGCAGCGAUGACACGCAGCAAUGUAGACACGUAUGGCAUUGAAACGUGCCCGCGUAGGCUUCAGGGAUGUGCCCUGCGUUAAAAAUAAACACUUGUGCCUCUCACAGGAAAACAACACAUCUUCAUAAGGUAAUUAGCUGAUCAGGAGGAGUGACCACUCACUGAGGCAUCU